AUGGCUAGCCGGCGUGUGUUUCCUUUGACUGUGGACGCUGCUCCUUCAUCGUCCAGCGUGAAUCGCUCCCAGCCACCCCCGCCCAAGAGUCCUUCGCAUCGUACACCGGUUGGAAAUGGCGCGGUCAAUGAGCUCUCUCGGCCUCCCACGGGAGGUUCCGUGGGCUACGUGGGCGUGGGCUUCGAUCGCCUCAUGAUGAUGCGGCAAGUAAAUGCAGCAGCAGCGCCUGUGACUGUGAGCCAAACGACCAAUGGGGGAGAUGAAGCGUCGGCGGUGGUGAAUCAUCGACAGCGUAUGGCUGCGGAGCAGCAACGGCGGCUGGAGCUGGCGUUGAUGGCGAAGGAGGACUACAUAGGGACCCCGGAGGGACAAGAGAGACUGCAACGGCAGGAAGAGAGGUCUCGUAUGCGGGAAGAGGAGUUGCUGGUCCUGAGACUUGUGGAGGCGGAGAAAGAGACUGCGCGCAAGUUGCAGCGAGAGAAAGAGUUGGAAGAAGAGAGGCGAGUCAAAGAGCAGUACUUAGCCAAGAUCAGAGCUCAGCGAGAGCAACAAGAACGAGAAGCGAAGGAGAAGGAAGCGGCGAGGAAGGCGGAGAUGGAGAAGAAGAUGAAAGCGCUCAAGGAGGCGGCGGAUGCCAAGGCGAGAGCAGAGUUUGCUGCACGACAGCACGCUAUCGAAGAAGAGGCUCGAAUUGAGCGUGAGAAACAUUUAAUCGAAGCGGAGAAUGCGCACAUGCAGGUAGAAGACGUACUGGGCCACGCCAUGCAGCAGGAGUGGAUUGCGGAGCGCGAACGGCAGCGCCAGAUCGCUGCAGAGCAGGAAGAAUGGCGUUUGUUCCAGCAGAGGGAGGAGGAAAAGCAGCGAGAAGCUACACAAUUGAGACGUGCCGCAAUGGCGCAACAGUAUGAACAGGACAAGCAACGACGGAUACAGAUUCACAAGUUGCAGAAGGAGCGAGCUGCUCAACAGGCUGAACGGAAGGAACUCCAGAAUCGACAAAAAGAACAGGAGCCAAAACCAGUUUGGAGUAUUUCUGCAUCUCGCGAGAAGGGCUUCGUACCUUUUGCUCAGGUUCUCAGUGUGACGCAGAGCUCGCCUGCAAUGGAGGCAACACUUCAAAGUGGAGAUUUGUUGGUCGAGUUUGGGGGCAUCGUCAGUAGCACUCCAAAGUGCCUGAUAUCGAUGGCUGAGUGCGUCCAGAAAAACGUGAACAACAAUAUUCUUGUCGUUCUGCUUCGCCCGGUGAAAGAUCAGGAUGAUAAUUUUGAGGAAUUGCGAGUGUCGUUGUGCCCGCGGAAGUGGAAGGGCAAAGGGCUUCUGGGCUGUCAGCUCAGUCCUUAUAAAUGGGCCGACGAGGAAGUAUUACCACAGCCAACAAGUGAAAAUGAACUGGCAAUUGUAUCAACAGACGAUUCAGCUAGCGCUGACGAUGGUGCAAACGCGCUAGUGGUGUACGAUAUCAUUGAGGGGUCAUUUGCGGGCCAGGCUGGACUCGUCAAUGGCGACAUAUUAGCCGGAUGCGGGGGGUUGACGGUAAAUUUGAGUGUGUCGACUCUUUCAGAGGAUCAAUGCUACCGGUCUUUCCGUGUUACGCUGCCGUUGACUGAAGACUCGGGCCCUCUGGGGUUUUCACUAACAUCGUUUGCAGAAUUCUACAACUACUACUCGAGCAAUGUUGCGGCUGCGUCAGCGUGCGAAGAGUGUUAUUACACAUCGUUAACUACUGCGCUACACGCUGCUGCGCUGAGUGGCCACGUGAAGUGCUUAGACGCUCUGCUAACCUCGCUGCAAAAUGGAGAUGGAGGGGGAUAUACCGCCAGCGACUACUUAGAUUGGCGCGAUGAAGACGGCCGUACACCACUCUUCUACGCGUGUUACGCUGGUCAGCUCGAAUGUGUGCGUUACCUCGUGCAAACUAUGCUAUCGACUCAAAAUGAGCAGCAACCAACGAUUGGAACCGAUUUGUACGGCGAUACCGUUCUUCACGCUGCUACUACCAGUGGGAAUAUCGCGGUGAUUGCCUUGUUACUGGAGAGUGGGUGCGUGAAAGUAGACGAUAGAAACCACACGCACUUGACUUGCGCCCACGUAGCACCGAAUGUGGAGACGCUUUCGUUCCUGGGUGAGCAGUCUGAGGCUGAUCUGCUGGCAACGGAUGCGGAAGAGCGCAUGCCAUUGGCGUACGCGUGUCUGCGGAACGACGUUGAUAGCAUUCAGUAUUUGUGCAAGAAGCACCCGGACUUUGUGGACUACGCCGACGUACACGGGAACACUCCGUUGCAUAUCGCAGCGUGGCUGGGCCUGCAGGAAGCGGCUGAGGUUCUUGUGUGCUUUCUUCCGUCUAUUGCGCUGUAUAUCACGAACGAAAAUGGCGAAAAUGCAGCGGACUUGGCACGUUCAAGUGGGAGGGAGGACAUGGCUGCCUUCUUAGAUAGCAUCAUCGCUGCUGCCGAUUCGAACGUGUCCUAA